AUGGCGGGCCUGGAAGAGUUAAAAAAGAAAUUGCAGCCAUUGUUUGACGCUGAUAAAGGAUUGCCAGGUGGAUUGGCAUUGGAUCCAUGCGACUCAUAUAUGGUAAUACGCUUUAAAGAAAUUGCUUGUAUGACAAUUGCAAGAUGAUACUAUUUGGAUUUAAAUCCCCAAGCAGCACUGGGACUUUAUUUUUAUAAUUCAUAAAUUUCAGAAAAAAACACUCUUUCAUUUUGCUUAUAAAUCUCAGAACAGAUACAAUAUAAUUUUUCUUCUCUGUUGCUACCGAAGAGAUCUGGAAAUAGAUGAUUAAGGGUGGCAGACCAUUGGUAGGGGCUUGCCAAUGUUUGGGAUAGUUUCCAGUCACUAUAUCCAGAAAUGGAAUUGUGAAUCAAAUCUGCUGGCUGAUUGGCUGGCUGGUUCUGAUCCUAUAUUAAGGUUUGCUAAAUGAAUCUGUCUAGGAGAACGAACCCUUGAUAUAAUUAGAUGAUAAAUGCGCGUAUGUUCAUUUUUUUUGAUUUAUAUGCAUAUAUUAUCCUAAUAUAGUAUUUGAGAAGGCAAAAUAAAGACACACGAGCAGUUCAGCUCCUAAAAUGAAAUCCAAAUAAGGGCAUUUGAUUUGACAAGGACCAGUACAUCUGCUAUGUCACGUUCUGCUAAAUGUCUAUGGACGGUUCAAUAGUGGAUUAUGGAAAAUGGAUUUUUUGAAUCAGAUAAAAAUUGUGUAAGAGAAUCAUGCAUGCAUUGAACCUUCUAAUUCCUUCGUUUUUACAGAUUUGGAAUGAUGUCCAAGAAGAGCAGACCUUUUUGUGUGUUAAUUCAAUUUCUACUUAAUAAUGGGUGUAAAGUAAAGUUUUGGGAGAGUAUUGUGCAAACAAGUCGGCCAUUUCGGUGACCUCCUCUUGCCUUUACGACUUAGCAAUGGACGGAGUAACGAUGAAUAUAAACUAUGAAACACAGGAACGUAUAUGCCACGCUAUAUUUAUAUGGUAUUGCGCAGAUAUUUCUUUUAAUUGAUCUAGACCUCUCAGAUGUUUCCGAGAGGUCUAAAGCAUAUAAUUAGGAAAUUCCAUUAAAAAAAUUUGAUUUUUCUGUGCUCAACCCCCCACAUCUUUAAGGAGCAAUUGUAGUUUUCCAUGUUCAAUUUAAGUUGUAGUCCCAGUGUCUUCAGUGUUGGUUUUAGAGAUGUAGAAGACUAUGGAUUGGAGAUGAGAUCCUAGAGGUAAGUUCUUAGUUAGAGUAUUCAACUUAAGGGGAAUGGUAAUGGUUUUGAAGCUUCUUGUAGGGAAUUAUGAUGGGAGAAGUUUCUCGAAGAAGUUGAUCAAGAUUUUCCUGCGGAAUAUCACUGAAGACAGUUAGUCUUUCCCAAGGCUGCAUCAUGCCUCUCUUUUCUGUGGAGGGCAGCCUGAUAUCAUUGAGGUUUUUUUUUUUUUUGACCCAGAAAAUUAAAUCAUAUGGAGUUCUAUUCCUUGCACCUUGGGUAUAAGAUGUCCGGAAGAGUAUAUGACAAUGUGCUAGUCAAAGAGUCUCCUACCUAAGACAUUGCCUCAUGGCCGAGUCAGGGAGGAGGGCAUAUGAGUGAAAUCAAAAUAUAUUUUGAGGCAAUUGCGAAAAAAAUAAUCGGUCCUGUCAACUCAGUUUCAUAGAGGGGGAUAAAAUGUUUCCUUACAAAUCCUGCAAGGAGGAACUUAAACUCGUUCCUGGCUGCACGCUAGUUUCUGCUUAAACUAGUCUUUCAUUUUGUUGUGCUAUGCCUAAGCUAUCAGAUGGAUGGAUUGAGCUCUACUGAGUCUACUUCCUAGUGUUUGUGGGUUUCUCACUGAACAGCUCCAAGCCGAGUUCUGUACUGGCUAUUAAGUUUUAUGUUUCUAUAAGCUGUGCUAUUCCUCCAUCUUAGAAGAAAUACUAUAGAGGGAUUUUAGCAUCUCUCGAUUGUUAUUUUGGCUCCCUAAUUAUAGUGAUAUUUUUUCCAUCCUAAACUCACGAUUUUGUCGUUGGAUUUGCCCAAUAACUAGAGCACAGUAUGAGAGUUGCUCGCACCAAUGUCUAAAGUGACACUCCUUAGUGACCGUUUCUUUCUAAAAUAUAUAAGGUUGAUGACUGGCUGUAAGCGUUGGUGAAUCAUAAAGCAUGUCAACCUCGCCAUCUUUAAAGGACUAUGCACUUUUUAAUGCUUUCUGUCUAGUCAUUGGUACUGAUGUGAAGUUGCAUAUUCUAUCUUGCUGCAGAGCUUUCGUAAUAUGACAUUUUUUUUUUUCCUUAAAGCUCUCAGAUGGGAGUACAGUGAAUUUAUUGAGCCAAUCCUAUGGUGUUUACAACAUCAAUGAGCUUGGCUUGCAAAAACGCACUGGACCUCUUGAUGAACCAGAUGCUGGUGAAAGGACAUAUCGAUGUGCUUCCAAUGAGAUGCAUGUAUUUGGAGCCAUAGGGUAUGGGGCAAGCAGUAUCGUCCAGAGGGCUAUUCAUAUACCUGUUCAUCGAAUCCUCGCACUGAAAAAGAUAAACAUAUUUGAAAAGGUUGAUCUUCUUCCUGCUGCGAUUUUACGAUGGCAUUCACUGGAAUAUUAAUCUUCAGAUUCAUUGAAUGUAUUAUCAUCUUAUUUACCUUAGUUUUAUUUUCAGCCAAAAAGCCAGGAGUCUGCAACCUGAUGUAGCCCAUACAAUAUUAGAAAUUUGAGCAAUCCUACAACUGUUGCUUGUAGACCCUUUUAAUUUUCGAUUUUUUGUGCUUCUUAUUUCUUUUGAAGGCUUUAACCAUCUGUUUAGAGUAUUCAAUGAAACUGGCAUCUAUUUUGAUUGAAUUGACUUCUUUAAGCACAAAUUCAGGUUGCCGUCAAGUUGUACAUGCAGUUGUUCUUUCUCUAUAAAGACUUAUAGUCUUUAACAUAUAGAACCUUGGUUUUAUGUGCUAGGUCUGACAGGGCCUUUCUAAAGGCAAAUAUGUUGAGAUCACUUAUUUAUCUCAUUUUCCAUUAGACCGUUGGAAGUUUAUGUUAUCAUGGGGCCUUUUGUCUAUUCAUAGCACUUUUGGGAGCAGAAGCAGUUUCUUCUUUCUUGUAAAAAGAGUUGGGUUUUUUGGUACAUCUGGCGUAAAGUCUUUUCUUAACAUCAUUUAUCUGCCUUUUCAAGGAAAAAAGACAGCAACUUCUCAAUGAGAUAAGGACGUUGUGUGAGGCGCCUUGUUAUGAAGGGCUUGUGGAGUUUCAUGGAGCAUUUUUCACCCCUGAUUCAGGGCAGAUCAGCAUUGCAUUGGAAUAUAUGGAUGGAGGUUCACUUGCAGAUAUCUUGAGGGUGCGGAAAUUUAUUCCAGAGCCGAUUCUUUCAUGUAUGGUUCAGAAGCUAUUGCACGUAAGAGCUAGCUGAAGUUCGAUUACUCUUUUCAGUCUGUUUAAAGAAGUUUCCAGACCAUGGUUUUGAGCUACUUCUGAUUUGUAGGGAUUAAGCUACUUACAUGGGGUAAGGCAUCUAGUUCACAGAGACAUAAAGCCUGCAAAUCUACUAAUAAAUCUCAAGGGUGAACCAAAGAUAACUGAUUUUGGGAUAAGUGCUGGAUUGGAGAACUCUGUUGCUAUGGUAUGCAAUAAAUCUCAUAUGCAUUUGUCUUCUAUAAAUUUGAUUUUUCUUUCAUUUCAUUUAUUUUAGUUUAGUAACUUUAAGGACAUAUGUUCAUCCUAUUUGACGAGCAUCUUUUGUUCAUGUUUCUUCCUUUUCAUUCUUGGCAUCACGACCAUCUGGUAUAAGUUUGCUUAACAUUUCUUUGAAUGUGAUCCAUCAGUGCGCUACAUUUGUUGGAACUGUAACGUACAUGUCACCUGAGAGAAUCAGGAACGAGAGUUAUUCCUAUCCUGCUGACAUUUGGAGUCUCGGUAUUGCUUUAUUUGAGUGUGGUACUGGUGAAUUUCCGUAUGCUGCAAAUGAAGGCCCUGUUAAUCUCAUGUUGCAGGUCAGAGAGAGAUUAUUUUUAUUAUCAUGUAUUUCUCUGGAUUAUUUUUAUUUUUUCUACCAUGAUUUUAUUUAGUGCACUGCAUAUGGUAUUUUUUUUCUGAAGAGAAACAUUUAGAGAGCAUUUUCUAGUUUUAAGCUGGGAAACUGACUGGGCUCCUUUUCCUUGGCUGCUUUUGCUAUCCAUUGAUUUCUUUCCAAUUCUCGCUCCAUCGGAUUUACACUAACCAUAUUGGAGAUAUUCCUCUUCCCUUCUUUUAUGUGACGUGAUGGGAGAAACAACAAAGGUGUUGUGCUAAAGUUUGAGCAGAACCUUGUCUUGUACUUGGCAAGGAUAGGCCUGCCUGAAAUAUGAAUGAGGACCUCAAGUUGAGGCUUGGAGAUUACUGAGAAGCAAAGAAAUGUUAGGGUUUAGAGAUGAUGUGGUGGAUUCAUGUCCCUGGACCAGAUGACAGGUCUUUGACAUUCCAAGGAGACUGAUUUAGUCUUCUUUGGUGGGGGUGUAUAUUGGUUGUAAACUAUAGUAUCCUGAAGAAAAUAAUUGCCAAGUUAAAGGACAAGAUCACUUGGAAGAUCACUCGUAGGGUUUACACCACUCAGUGUUAUAGCUCCAGAAAUCUUCUCCAACCAUCAGUGCAAGAACAUUUUGUUACCCCGAGUGUUGUCAAAUAUUUCCCUGAAUUUGUCCAAAUAAAUAUUUACUUCCUUUUUUCAAUUGCAUAAAAGCACAACGGCAAAAGUAUAACUCCAAAUCAAUGAGUUACAGGUCUUCAUUAGGGAUUUACUACGGUUUCUAAGGUCCAUCAGAAAUUUAUUCAUUGUUAUUAUGUUUCUUAGAUGUCUACUUACCGAGGCUCACUCAGUUGAAAGAGAAAUUGGUAUCUUUGGUAUCGUAGUCAUUGUUGUAAUAACUCACAUCUCAUGCAGAAAUUUAGAACCUUCCUUCCUGACUAGUGCAAAAUGUUCCGUCCAGAUUGGAAAAUAUGUAUCUAUUUUCUCUAAGAAAGAAGCGUUUAAGGAAAACCUUUUCAUGACCCGUGGUAUGUCUCCACUUUAUUACCUAUACAAUAUUGAACAAGUUGCUUGAUCUGCUAUUACUACUUGGAAACUGAAUUCCUGACUGGUUGGAAAUGGAGCCUCCCUGGUGAGUAUUCACAACUUCGUGGUGUUUUCAUCCAGACCGUAGGAUCAGCGAAAUUCCAAAAAAAUAGAAAAUUGAGAAGAGAAUACAGAAAAAUCGUAUAGAAUACCAUUGUACAAACAUUUCAUUCUUCUUGUAGAGUAGUCGACGUCAAGGGUGGAUAGGGUUACCAAGAACCCUUAGGCAGAUGGACACUGAAAUGCUCCAUGCAACAGAGGAUGUUGCUGAUGUUAGUUGAUCUCUAUGAGAAGAUCUAAAUUUUCCUGUCGCCAAAAUGUGCCAUGAAAUCAAGAAAAGUUGGAAAAUAGAUGUUUUGGCAUUUCAAAGAAUUAUUUUUAUUUUUGAGCAUACAAAUUUGUCAACUCUCAUUCCAUCUGCUGGUGCAUCAUUUCCUCCGAUGGCAGAUUUUGUAUGAUCCAUCGCCAACUCCUCCAGAAAACUCAUUUUCUCCCGAGUUUUGCUCAUUUAUAGAUGCUUGCCUACAGAAGGAUGCUGAUGCAAGGCCGACAGCUGAGCAAGUAAGUGAAGCCUUGCAUUUUAAUUAAUUUUUUUGAAAGGUGGAUAACAAUUGCUCCACGAGCAUCAUCCAAGCUAUGUAAUUGGUCAACUCCAAGUUUGUCUAAUGCAAUGUAAAAUAUGGAAUCAAGCUUUUCUAUCCAUUUGACACACUCAAUUGGUACUUCUGGCGAAUUAUCAGGAGCAUGAGCAAAAAAAUCAGCUUAUAAAGUUAAUCAGAGUAUUAUCUAGCUUCCUAUUCCGAGGAUACAGGCAGGGUGACUUUUGCUUUCCAAAAAAAAUUUCAUGAUACAUAAUGAUCAUAUUGGACAAAGUCAAUGCCCCAUAUCCUCAAUAUUCUCAUUAUUUAUCAUGAAAUUCAUAAUUCAUGCCUAGGUAAGAUACAACUAUAUGGGCACUUCAACAUAAUUCAACGCUAAUAAAGCUGCCAGGAAAUGUGUGGAUAAAUACCGGGGUGGUGCAUGUGGUGCUGAAGAUCUUAGGAAAAAUCCCUAAUUUCUUGAAAGUUAAGUGAUUAUCUGUGCCUCAAUUGCGUAGAUUCCAUCUUAAUAUGGCCAAUACCCUUUUGAAGAACAGAGUUGUCUCCUUCUUUUGUUUCUGGCUGUUCAUAACUUCUUACAAGGAACACUGAUCCGAUUCACCCAUGGUCGAUUCCCUUCACACACACAAAUAUUGCAGCUAUUGGCGCAUCCAUUCAUCAGGAAACACGAGAACACAAGAGUAGAUCUCGCUGCAUUUGUCCGGGGCAUCUUCGAUCCAACUCAGAGAUUGAAAGAAUUAGCUGAUGUGAGCUCCUCUACUAAUCACCCUUUCUCAUCCUACCUCCACUGGAAUCCUUCAUACAUUUAUUGCUAUUUUUGCAGAUGUUCACAGUCCACUACUACAUGCUUUUCGAUGGGCCCGACGACCUCUGGCCGCACAUGAAGACCUUCUACAACGAUCACUCAACGUUCAGGUUGGUGCCCUAUCUUAACACUACAAACCCCAAAACAGUAUGGCCUCUGGGGAUCUCACCAAUGGACUGGCCUGGUAGCUUCUCGGAGAAGGCCUCCGUCGGCUCGGACGACAUCUUGGCAAGAUUAUCAAGCAUAAGGAGUGCCCUGGUGGGGAGCAGGCCGAAUGAGAGGCUUGUGCAUGUGGUGGAGAAGCUCCAGUGCCGCCCUCAUGGCAAUGAUGGAGUGGCCGUCCGGGCCUCUGGGUCAUUCAUUGUGGGCACCCACUUCCUGAUCUGCGGAGACGGGGUGCAGGCCGAGGGCAUGCCGAGCCUCCGGGAGCUGCUGCCAGAUAUGGCCGGCAAGCGGCUGGGGACUUUCCGAGAGCAAUUCACUGUGGAGCCAGGGGGCACCAUCGGCUGCUUCUUCGUUGCCAAGCAGGAGCUGUACAUUCGCCAGCCGUAG